CAGAACCACAAGUUGGGUACCCUGGCAGUGUCAGAAGUCUGAGCCCGCCCGGCAUAGUGGUCAUUAGACAGGACGAAUCACACUGAAUGCAAAACCACAGGGUUUCACAGCGUGGUUCAAGAAAUUCUUGAAAUCCCCGCCUUCCGAAGAGGGUACAUUUGCUGAAGGAAGCAAUGGCUUCAGACAGCAUAUUUGAGUCAUUUCCUUCGUAUUCUCCAUGCUUCAUGAGAGAUGCCAGCACGAGCCGCCGCUUCACGCCGCCUUCCACCGCGCUGAGCCCGGGCAAGAUGAGCGAGCCGCUACCGCUGGGCGCCCCGGACGCCGGCGCCGCCCUGGCCGGCAAACUGAGGAGCGGCGACCGCACCAUGGUGGAGGUGCUGGCCGACCACCCCGGCGAGCUGGUGCGCACCGACAGCCCCAACUUCCUCUGCUCCGUGCUGCCCACGCACUGGCGCUGCAACAAGACCCUGCCCAUCGCCUUCAAGGUGGUGGCGCUGGGGGACGUUCCAGAUGGCACGCUGGUCACGGUGAUGGCAGGCAAUGAUGAAAACUACUCGGCCGAGCUGAGAAAUGCUACUGCGGCCAUGAAGAACCAAGUCGCAAGAUUCAAUGACCUCAGGUUUGUGGGUCGGAGCGGAAGAGGGAAGAGCUUCACUCUGACCAUCACCGUCUUCACAAACCCACCACAAGUCGCCACCUACCACAGAGCUAUCAAAAUCACCGUGGAUGGUCCCCGGGAACCCCGAAGACAUCGGCAGAAACUAGAUGAUCAGACCAAGCCCGGGAGCUUGUCCUUUUCUGAGCGGCUCAGUGAACUGGAGCAGCUGAGGCGCACGGCCAUGAGGGUCAGCCCGCACCACCCCGCCCCCACGCCCAACCCUCGCGCCUCCUUGAACCACACCACUGCCUUUAACCCCCAGCCUCAGAGUCAGCUACAGGACACCAGGCAGAUCCAGCCAUCCCCACCAUGGUCCUACGAUCAGUCCUACCAGUACCUGGGAUCCAUCGCCCCUCCUUCCGUGCACCCAGCAACGCCCAUUUCACCAGGACGUGCCAGCGGCAUGACGAGCCUCUCUGCAGAACUCUCCAGUCGACUCUCAUCCGCCGCGCCGGACCUGACGGCCUUCGGAGACCCGCGCCAGUUCCCCGCGCUGCCCUCCAUCUCGGACCCGCGCAUGCACUACCCGGGCGCCUUCACCUACUCGCCCACGCCGGUGACGUCGGGCAUCGGCAUCGGCAUGUCGGCCAUGAGCUCGGCCUCGCGCUACCACACGUACCUGCCGCCGCCCUACCCCGGGUCGUCGCAGGCGCAGGGCGGCCCGUUCCCCGCGGGCUCGCCGCCCUACCACCUCUACUACGGCGCCUCGGCCGGCUCCUACCAGUUCUCGGUGGUGGGCGGCGAGCGCUCGCCGCCGCGCAUCCUGCCGCCCUGCACCAACGCGUCCACCGGCGCGGCGCUGCUCAACCCCAGCCUCCCGAACCAGAGCGACGUGGUGGAAGCCGAGGGCAGCCACAGCAACUCGCCCACCAACAUGGCGCCCGCCGCGCGCCUGGAGGAGGCCGUGUGGCGCCCCUACUGAGUGAGGCCCGCGUCCUGGCCGCCCUGGCUGCCCUCCUCCUCCUCCCCCCGGGGGCCGUCCGCGGACCCGGGGGAGGGCCUGCCGUCCAGGCCCCCCUCGGCCUCCUGCACUUACCGAAGCCCGCGCAGUUCGCUCCCCGCCACCGGCCCGCGGCCCUCGGCAGACCUGGACGCGCCGACCCCGCGUGCCGGCGUCCACGUGCGUCCGCUGGAGCCAGCGAGGCUUUGCCGAGGGAAACUGUGAAUGCUUCCGUGUUAGCAAUGCUGUGAAUAAAAGAAAGGUUUUGUACCCUUGACUUCACUUUUUAACCAAGUUGUUUAUUCCAGAGAGUGGAAUUUUGAUGAUGGGGGGAGGGGGACACCGCGUCCUGUUUGGCGUUUAUUUCUCCCCCUGAUUUUCUUUACUUCCCCCCCCCUCCACACCCCGCACCUUAUAAAUGGCAAAAAAAAAAAAAAAAAUGCUUAUCGGCAUUGCGGUGGUUCUUAUUUUUAUAUCUAUCUAUAAAAAUCUGAGCAUCUUUCUUGCUUUGACACUUAAAUAGGAUUCCCAUUUCUGUACGGUUUAUUUAACUUUUCUUUUGGACUUCUGUGUAGGGUUUUUGUUUUUUGAGAGAGACAGCUACAGCUUUGGGUCAUUUUAACUACUGUAUUCCCACAAGGAAUCCCUAUUUAUGUAUCUUGAUAUUCAGACAUUUACUUAUAUGUUGAUACUUUUUUAAUUAUUUAAUUGUACUUAUAUUAAGAAGAGAAAUAUCAAGUACUACAUUUCUGUUUUUGUUUUUUAAUAGUAGCCAAAGUUAAACGUACUGAAAAAAGCUGAGGGGGAAAAAAAGGAUGGGUUAUGUGAUGGCUUGGUUAUCUAGAAAUAUUGUUUACAUUAAACUCCCUUUCAUGUUAAUCAAACAAGUUGGUAGCUAAUGCAGCAAUGUUUUCAAUAGGAUUUUUGAUACUGAGGGUCACUCCCACGAUCAGAAGUAUGGAGCUUAGCCAAGGAUGUCAUCUAGCUUCAAACAGAGAAGGUAGAAUCUGGUCUCAGAGGAUUCAGGAGGUGCCAAUGAUUAGACCUGCAGAGAGGAUUUAAUUUCUGCCUAGGGUAAGCUCACUCAAAGACCUUCUGAUCAUUUCAGACAUGCUCUGUAACAGAAGGCAUCCGAGGUAAGCUGUGUGGAGAAGCACUAUUUACAAAGAACCAAAUGAAUGAAUUUAGGAAUUUCCGAACUGCUUGAGUCUGGGGUAGCAAGAAAAUAUUUCUCUCUGAUACAGUACCAGUUCACUGAAGCAGAACAAAAGUUGUGGCUGUCCCACAAGAUGCUGAGAGAAGGGAUAGGACCAGGUGCCUUUGAGGAACAAUGGUCUCCAGUGGGUAGGCCAAAAGCAGGCCCAAAGGAACUAAUUUUCCUGGGCCUGCUCAGGGUAGUACAUGGCAGAACAUCCCAUCAGUACAGGACUCCCAUCCCAGUUGUUCCCCAACAUAUUUGUGUUGCUUCCACCAGGUUAAGACCCUAACCCAUGGGGGAGGUUAUGUGCACUUUUAUCUGUGCCCCAGCGUGACAGGAAAGAUUCACUGCUGCCCAUAGCUACAAUUCAGUUGUAUCUGGUGUCACUGUAAAGUUUGUGGCACUAUUUUUAUUAGAGGACUUGUCAGAAUGCAGGUGUUGUACAACUGGUAAAUAUUAACUGCUGAUUUUGACAUGUGUGCUCAAAAUGAUCUGGUUGUUUGUUUAAUGUACCUCUUAAAUUAGUUGAAAUGAUUUCAGGUCAACUCUGAAGAGUGUUUGAAAGCAGGACUUCAGAACAGUGUUUGAUUUUUAUUUUAUAAAUUUAAGCAUUCAAAUUAGAUCUUUGGCUGCAGGCAGCAAAACAGCUGGACUUAUUUAAAACAACUUAUUUUUGAGUUUAUAUAUAUAUAUGAUGAUGAUGAUUAUUUGUUUUACACAUGCAGUAGCACUUUGGUAAGAGUUAAAGAAUAAAGCAGCUUGUGGUUGACAGGUCAUUCUUAAUAGAGAAGAGCUAUAGCAGACCUUGGAGAAACUCUGAAUAAUACUCCUUUUUAUUUUAGAUAUUGCUCCCUUUACAACUCAAUUACAUAGGUUAUUUCAUAUUACAUUUUUGGAUCACAGUUUAGAAAGUUAAAUUUUCAGUUCUGAAAAAGGACUAUUAGCCCAUUUCUCCAAUAUUUCUUAAAUGUUCUUUUUGGCACAUGUUGUCAUAAUCUGACCUGAGAUAAUGCUGGGGAAAGAUGAAGGAAAAAAUUAUUUUUCACUUUAAUCCUGGUACCUGAAGAUACUCCAAUUCAAAUCUGACCUAGUGGUCUAAGAGGAGAAUCAGAUAAUCUCUCACGCUGAACCUUACUCUCAGCGCCAAGCAUGGAGUGGCGUGGUCACUUUGUUGUAGACUCGCUGGUUUGACCAUUCACAGCUUUAUAAACCCUUACCAGCCUAGAUAGUAUUUAAUCCUUUAAGAAAACAAAAAUCAAACCUUAGUUCUUUUGGAAAUAGAUCUCGCAGAAACACAUUUUUCUAUCUAAGGAAUUGCAUUCAUUUGCCUUUGGUUAAAUUAAAGUGUCUUCAGGUAAAUAACAGCAUCAGCAAGACCCUGCAGUUAGUCGUGUAAUAACUGUAUGUAUCUGGGAGCACUGUCCAGGAGAAGAGAGUGAAUAAACCCUUUCUACUGCUUAUUUAUGACCCCAUUUAAAAAAUUCAACAUUUCAGUUCUGUUUUUCUAUCUGGAAAUGUUUUCCUCCCUUCUCAAACCCUCCCUUUCCUCUUCCCCUCCGCCUCCAAACGCUAGUCUCCAUCCUACAUUCUCUCAGUCUCUGUAAAGAGGUGGUACACACCCAUCCUAUAACCAAGGUCCAGACCACAAGGAGAUCCAGCUCUCCUUUUGCAUAGAGAACAGUCUGAGUCAGCCUUUCUCCUGUUCAUGGGUUUCUUCCAGCAGAAUAGAGACCUUGCCAACCAUUUUGGAUCUGCUUGCUGUCCAAAUACAGCAACAGAAAUCUUCCUCCUUGGCAAAUCACAAUCAGUGAGUUAGCCUUUCUGCUGCCUAAGGUUUCUGUGCAGAUAAACAGAAGUGCUCUGAUUAGAAAGGAAAUGAAUGGUUACACUUAACUGUCCUACAAUUUAGGAUUGCAGAUUUCUUUCUUGAAAUACCUGUUUCCUUGGGACAUUCCAUCCUAGUGAUUUGGGGUUUUGAUGGUUUGGGAUUUGUUUGUUGUUUUGGUUUGGUUUUUUUGUUUUUUUGUUUCUUGUUUUUUUUUGCUGGGGGGGAAUGACAUGUUUGGGAUCUUUUGUACAUGAAAAAAAAUGGUUUGACAAUCUCAAGAAAACUUUCUUUUUUACAUCUGAACAAAAUAUCUUUCUGUUUACCCUACAGUAUACAAUUAUUUGGGAUUUUUUUCAUUGUUGUUGGUUGGUUGUUGGGAAUUUCUUCCCUCCCUUCAAGUUAGGUCAGUAUUGAUAAAGCUGAUCAUUUGGCUUUUAUUUCUCUCCUCCAGAAGGGUUGCAUCAACAAAGUUAAUUGUAUUUAUGUAUGUAAAUAGAUUUUAAGCUUCAUUAUAAAGUAUUGUUAAUGCCUGUAAUAACUUUUUUCAAUUUUUGUAUGUUUCUGAGGACUUUAUGUUUGCUAAAUACUGUAGAAAAAAGUGCUUCUUUCUACUUUAUUUUAGACUUUUAAACGAACUAUUUCUUUCUUACUGACUUUUGUAAACAGCUAAUAGCAUGGUUCCAAUUUUUUUUAAGUUCACUUUUUGUUCUAGGGGAAAUGAAUGUGCAAAAAAAAAAAAACCAAAAUGAACUGUUGGUUAUUUGUGUUAUUCUGGAUGUAUUAAAAAAAAAAUCAAAGGAAAAAAAAUAAACUUCCAAAUUGAAAUCACA